AUGCAAUACGUUGGAAAAGUAGGUGGUUAUGUUUACAACCAAUGGAACUCAUUAAACCCAGCCACAUUAUCCGGAGCAAUUGAUGUUAUAGUUAUAGAGCAUCCCGAUGGGACAUUACACACGUCUCCUUGGCAUAUUCGAUUUGGUAAAUUUCAAAUAAUCAAACCAUCACAGAAAAAAAUUGAUCUAUAUGUCAAUGACAUCAAGACUAAUUUGCCGAUGAAAUUGGGUGAUGGAGGCGAGGCCCAUUUUGUUUUUGAGGUUGAUGACAAGAACCAUGCCUUAUCGCACAGUGUGUUGACUUCGCCAAUCAUCUCGCCAGUAUCGUCACCGGGAUCUUCACCAGUUAGUACAGCUGCAGAGCCAUUGGACGAUUUGGAUUUGAAUGAAAACACCAAUGUCGAAGAAAGAAUCAAAUUGAGUGAUAUCCCUAGUCCAAGAUCAAAGAGUCCUACACCAUCUUUGAAAACCAAAAAAGCGUUUGAAAACGCCAAAAAAAUUACCCAGAAAUUAAACAUACCUACCAAGUUUGAUUUAAACGGUGAUUUGGUUAUUGAUUUGGAUGGAUAUAAACCCAAUUCACAAAAGAAUAUUGAAAAUUCAGAUGAAUUGUUCCAGAAGAUCUUUUUCGAAGAAAUUGAAGGUGAAUAUUCUCAAGGUGAGAAAAUUAAAGCGUGGGAACAGUUUAUAAGUAGAGAUGAGAAUGGGCAUUAUAGAAUAUCUAAUACUGGUGAGUUUGAAGGUAGUGAAAUGGAGGAUGAUUCGACUGCACCAACUACACUCACUACAGCGACCACAACUUCGCUAAACACAUUUUCUACAACAUCUUCUGAUUCUGACAAGACAUACUUUAAAACACUCAGGUUGACAUCUGAUCAAUUAUCGAAGAUGAAUUUGCACUAUGGGGAAAACUCACUUAAAUUUAAAGCUAGUGAUGGGAAUUCUCAAGUUACCGCCAACCUUUAUCUCUGGAAAUCGACUACACCGAUAGUUAUAUCCGAUAUAGAUGGUACCAUUACCAAAUCAGAUGCAUUAGGACAUGUGUUGAACUUGAUUGGCCGUGAUUGGACCCACCCUGGUGUUGCUAGUUUGUUUCAAGAAAUUCGUCAAAAUGGGUACAAUAUUGUAUAUUUAACUGCUAGAUCCGUCGGCCAGGCUGACACAACAAGACAGUAUUUGCAAGGUGUUAAUCAAGAUGGAAUCAAAUUACCUCCUGGUCCAGUGAUAUUGAGUCCCGAUAGAACGUUUGCUGCAUUGCGUCGUGAAGUGGUAUUAAAGAAGCCCGAAGUGUUUAAAAUGGCAUGUCUUUCUGACAUUAAAAACUUGUUUUUUGAACCAAUUGAAGGUAACGAAGAUGAUAAUGAUGAUGAUCACACUCCAUUUUAUGCUGGAUUUGGUAAUAGAAUCACUGAUGCUAUUAGUUACAGAUCUGUGCAUAUACCCCUGCAUCGUAUUUUCACAAUAAACCCUAAUGGUGAAGUUCAUAUGGAAUUAUUGGAAUUGGCAGGUUACAAGUCAUCGUAUUUGCAUAUUGGUGAAUUGGUUGAUCAAUUUUUCCCACCUAUUAGACAAGUCAGUUCGAUUUCAUCGUAUUGGAAUAACGCUCAAUGGAAUGAUUAUAUGCAAAACCAUCGUACACCAUCUCCUCUUGGAUCUCCAAGGUCACCAGGGUCACCAAGGAGUGUUAUGGAAGAUUUUAAAACGGAUGAGAAAUUUAAUGAUGUUAAUUAUUGGCGUGAACCUUUAGAUCUUGAUAAUUUAACAGAUAGUGACGAUGAUGUACAAGGUUUAAAACAGGCAGUUUCUGAAAAGAAUGACAUUUCGGUGAAGAAGAAUGAAAAAUUGAGUCAUGGAUUGAUUUUAAAUCAGGAGAAAGAGCAUAAUAAUAAUCCAGAAUUGCUUGAGAAAUCAAGAAGUAGAGCAUCUACGAUUGAAAGACCAACUUCUGGUUCUUCAUUUACAUCACCAUUGAAAAGUUUUAUGAUGUUUGGUAAGAAAAAAGAUAAUAGCAAAGAUGAUGAUUCUGACUAUGGUAAUGAACAGUUGGCAGAUGGCAAGCUUACUGAAGAGGACAUGGAAGUCGAUGACGUUGAUAUUGAUGAGGAAGACGACGAUGAUUAUACUGAUGAUGACUAUGAUGAGGAUGAUUAUGAUGAAGAUGAAGAUGAUGACUACGAGGACGAAGAAGAUGACGAAGAGGAUGAUUAUGAUGAUUAUGAUGAUGAUGAAGAAAUCGAUGAAAUUAUAGUCCCUGACUCGCCGUUAUUGGACAUUGAUGAAGACAAUAAGUCUGGUAGUAACUCAAAAGAAUUAAGUGCAGAAGAUGUUGAGAAAUUGCGUAUAUAG